UUCAGAGUCAACAACUGCAAGUGCAUCAUGAAGGACGGCAGUGGCGUCAUAAACCUUCAAGCCAUGGGAGACUCGGACGGGUUUCUGGGGCGAAUGAAACACGUCCCUGCAGACGACACGCCGAUCGGUGAAGAAAUCCUGCUGACUUUUAGUCCAUGCCAACCUUUCUCGCAGCCUGAAGACCUGACAGGAAGUGACUGCACUAACGUGGCUGCCUGCCUCGUUGUCAGGUAUCAGAGGUUCAGCAGCUACAUUUACCGCUAUAUCAACUUUGGUGGACACGACGGCAAUGAAUUCCAUUACAACGACACUCUGAGGACGCUGUCAGUCUCUUAUUUUGGACACAAAGAACUUCCAACCACCAUUGUUCAUUAUCACUGCAAUCCAAACGAGUCCUCGUCCUUCAUCCGAGACCAGAUGUUGAAGGAGGAAGAGGUGCUGAACAUCUGGGUGGAGAGUCCGUGUGCUUGUCCUAACGCGUGUGCCAUCGGCGACCUCGGACUUGGAACUAUCUUUCUCAUCAUCCUUUCUUUAAGCGCUGCUGCUUACUUCAUCCUUGGCUCUUGUGCUCUCAGACCUUUUCGCAGCAGCAGUGGAGUUCAGAUCUCUCCAGAACACAACGUCUGGUGCAUGAUUUGCUUCCUCUUCACUGAGAACAGGCCAGCAAGGAAAUACUACGCAGACGUCAAACAUGAGGAGGAACGCACAUUGUCUGAAUCCGUCAAAGUUUAGCAAUAAUCAUCAUAUCAGGACAUUUUUUUUUACCUGAAAACAAGAAUAUAUCAA